AACCCACACUCGACUUCAUUCACUCAGACUUUCUCUCUUGCAUCCUCACUGGUCCUCAAAGAUCAAAACAACCAUCACAAAGAUGAACAAGCCACUGCUCCUGCUGGUCGCUCUGACUUUCUGCUGUUGCAUCGCGUCUCUGCAUGGUUUUGCCAUCAACACCUGCCGCUGUAGACGGAUGGUCGCGAAUCCUGUUCCUCCUAGAGCAGUCAAGAAGAUAGAGGUGACUGCUGCCUCAGGACACUGCCCCCGGACUGAAAUCACCAUCACUGUGAGGAAUGGUAACAGGAUUUGUGUCGAUCCAGAGGCCAAGUGGUUUCCAGGCCUUCUCAACACUCUGCAAAAGAAAAAUGACCUCUCAACUGCUGAGCAAACCACUGUUUCCGGCUUCUGAUCACGUUUCGUGGCACAUCGAUGCCUUUAGUCAUCAAGCUGUGAAUUACCCAUAGGAAGGCUGACCCACCUUCCAUUUUUUAUUUCACUGUCUUUUUGUUUUGUAUUGAACCUUUUUGCAGUUUCAUUUAUUUUUAGUGUUUAAGGGAAAAAAAUUAUAA